AUGCCACAGCUGGUGUCAGUGAACUUCGCCAACAACGAUAUGCGGGGUCCCUUAUCCUCUGUUUUUGGGACCUUCAGCGACCGCGCCAUGACCCUGGACAUCUCGGGUAACUCGUUCUGCGGUUGCUUACCGUCCACGUGGGUGGGAAGCGUCUUGCCAAACGCCGCGAACAGCUUGCCAAAAGUUUCUUCCGCCAACUGCCUCACCGACAACAAGUGUACAGAUGCGAACAUGCUGUGCCGGCCUGACGUUGCGGUGAUGGGGCGGAGCCCGCUGUGGAUGGCCGCCGCGGUGCUCGCUGCGGUCUGCCUCGCCGUCUGA